UCACGCGAACUGUCAUUUUGAAAUCCCAUGAUCCUAUAUAGUUAAGAUGGCUGCAGCUUGGUUCAUUUGUUUUGUUGUUUUUUGCCUUCAUUUGAUUCACUAUGUUAGUGGAUCUGCGAAAGGAGCUGUUGGAUUAGAUAGUCUGACUUUUGACAAGGUUAUAAGUAAACACAGGGCAGUCCUCGUAAAGUUUGACAAACAGUACGCUUAUGGAGAGAAGGAGGACAUCUUCAAAGAGUUUUGUAAGAAAGCAUCAUCUCAAAGUGAACUGUUAGUAGCUGAAGUGGGUGUUGCAGAGUACGGAGAUAAAGAUAAUGAUGACUUGAGAGAAAGAUUCAAAUUAAAGAAGGAAGACUUUCCUUAUUACAUGCUCUUCCUUCAAGAUCAAGAACAACCAGUUCACUUCAAAGGAGAAAUCAAAGAAGAUGCAUUGACAGCAUUUGUGUCGAAACAUGCAGGGCUCUGGAUAGGUUUACAAGGAUGCGUCGAAAAGUUCGAUAAACUGGCAGAGAAGUUCCUCAAUAGCGCGAUAACAAAAGCAGAUGAAGUGAUAUCGGAAGCUGAAACACUACUUAAAGAAACAAAGCACAAAAAAUACCAAACUGCUGGGGAUAUCUACGUGAAAAUCAUGAAAAAAGUCAAAGAAAAUGGCGAAGAUUACAUUAAAAAUGAAGUUUCUCGGGUAAACAAACUUUUAAAAGAUAAAAUUACUGAAAAAAAGCGAGAAUUGUUCACGAUUCGACUCGAUAUCUUGACGUCGUUUCAGCACUUUAUUUCGAAAAAGAAAGACGAACUGUAGAGUUCAGUUUUUAAUCUUUAAAGCAAAAAAAGAGCAUUAGUUUUGGCCACGAAAAAUCUAUUUAAUCUACCUUUCUAGGUUCACCUCAGAUUAAUAACCAAAUCUGAUUUAUCUUCCUUUGUUUUGGUAAAGCUUUAAAUAUGUUUUUGUACAAUUUUUAAGUAUGAUAGUUCGAAAGUAAGUGAUAAAAUAAACUCUAAAAAAUCACUCAA